AUGAAGUUCACAUCUCUUCUUCUGCUGGCUGCGGCCACUGAGGCAGCAAGAGACACUCUGGCCAACGCUGGCUACCAUGUCAACUCUGCCUGUAACAGUCUGACCAACCAGGUCACUUGGGAUGUGGGAAAGACGGGCCGAGGUAUGACCUACAUCAAGUACUGCAAGUACCAGCCUUGGCUCGGCACCUACACCCACUGUGUUGAGCAGUUUGAGGAGCACGAGCAUGUCCAAGACCAGGCCUUUGAUUUCCUCAUCAAGAACUGCGACAAUGUCGAUGUUCACUUUACCCAUGAGGACUUGCGAGGCUUCGCUGCUAAUGCCACUCCCUACAUCAACCACGAUGCUAACUUCACGGCCAUCAACAGAGCUCCUGUGGAGUUCAACCACUCCGCCUACAGUCUGUCCUACAGAUCUGGUAAGGAGUUCAAAUGGCAACUGGACUCCGGCACCUACUUUGGAGCCGGUCUGGUCGCCUGGUUCGCCCUCGUCAUUCUCAUUGGAGCCGUCAUCAACUUUGUCUACAAGGCUUUCCCCCAGACUAUCUUUGGCCUGACCCAGAGACCCGUCAAGACUUUCCGACAGUGGUUUUCUCUGCCCGCUACCUUUGGACACAAGCACUCCUCCCCCAUGGACUUUAAGAUCAUCCAGAUGGCUACUCCUACUCGAGUCCAGUCUUUCGUGGUCUUUGUCUAUAUCGCCUUGAACAUCAUCUUCAUGUGCAUCUGCUACGAUCUCUUCACCCCCAACAGUUCUUUCAAGACCAAGUCCGACCAGCUCGCCCGAUAUGUUUCUGAUCGAUCUGGAAUCAUGGCCUUCACCCAGCUGCCUCUCAUUUUCUUGUUCGCAGGUCGAAACAACAUCAUGAUGUGGAUCACUGGCUGGUCCUUUGACACCUUCAAUGUCUACCACCGAUGGGUGUCUCGAAUGAUGACUAUCCACGCAAUCAUCCACUCUGUCGGUUACACCGUCAUUGGUGCUCGACGAGGUGCCCUCAAGAUCUACUACUCUCGAACCUACUGGCGAUGGGGUGUUGUCGCUACCAUCCUGUGCUCUUUCAUCUGCAUCCAGUCCAUCUACUUCCUGCGACACCGAUGGUACGAUGCCUUCCUCUUCAUCCACAUUGUCUUUGCCGUCAUGUUCGUGGUAGGCUGCUGGUGGCACUGUGAGGACCUCGGAUGGAUGCAGUGGGUUUACGCUUCCAUUGCCCUGUGGUGCUUCGACCGACUUAUGCGGCUUGUCAGAAUGGCUUGGAGUGGUAAGUCCUCAGGAGUGGCACAGAUUGUUGGCCGAGAGGCUCGAAUCGUCCGAAUCGAGGUCGACUACUCCCAGCGAUGGAAAUUCUUCCCUGGUGCCCACGUCUACCUUCACUGUCUCAAGGGCACCCGAAAGCCCUGGGAGUCUCACCCCUUCACCAUCUACCAGUCUCCCGAGGCUGUGGCUGGCAACAAGAUCACCUUCCUGAUCAAGUGUUACGACGGUAUGACCAACUCUCUCUUCAACUAUCUUGACAAAAAUGGCAAGUGCACCCUUCCCGUGCUCAUGGACGGUCCCUACGGCUCUCAGCAUCCCGUCCACAAGUACGACACUUCCAUCCUUGUGGCUGGAGGUAUCGGUAUCACUGCUACCUACGCCUACGCCAUGGACUCCAUCCAGCGAGGCCUCAAGCAGCACAUUGUCUUCAUCUGGGUUGUUUCUGAUGACGAGUACCUCAAGUGGUUCUCCCAAGAGCUUGCCUACCUGCAGACUGCCGAGAACAUUGAGGUUCGAUUGUACUUGACUCGACAACACUCUCGAAACGGAGGAACCACCACCAUGUCCGAGAAGAAUGUUGGAGUCCAGGAGACCAUCAUCAACACUUCUUCAUCUGAUGAGGCCUCCGACAAGGCUUCCGAUGUUCAGUCUCUUUCCUCCAUGGGCUCCGUUCAAGUCAACUACGGCUCUCGACCUGAUCUCUGCGCUGAGAUCCCCAAUAUUGUGUCCCAGGCGGCUGGAACCACCUCGGUCAUGGUUUGUGGCCCUCCCGUCAUGAACGACGACACUAGAAAGGCCGUCGCUCUGUCUCUUGAUUUCACCAACAAGCGAGUCGACUACUUUGAGGAGGCCUUCGCUUGGUAA